AUGCUUGAAGAAGCCGACAGUCCAAUAAAGACGCGCAAAGAAAAAAAACGCACAGAAGAGGAGCUGAAUAUUCUCACACCAACACAGCCAAGUUUUGUUCCAUCUUCGAAUCAAUCUAUUGUCCUAUCAUCAUAUCAUCGGGGCGUGAGGCUUGUACGGGAUGAGUUUCAAGAACGGGAGUCGUUGGAUGUUUUGAGUGACACAUUUAUGGAUCGGCCUACGAGCGACACUUAUGGAGCAUCAAAAGAAGGAAGCCGACUCGAUGUAUCUAGUUAUGUGCAAGACACUCUCCUUGGUGUGACAUCUUUGACACAACAUUUGAGCAGCGGCUCUGAAGGGAUCGAUCAUGAUGAAAUGGAGUUUCCUCGUAAACGAGACUCACCUCAAUCGAUGCGUCACAGGAAAAAGUUUUAUGGAGACGAUACAAUGCAAGGACCAUUUAGUACAACUGCUGUGGCGGACACAGUGAGGAGGCGACUUCCCGCAUCACCCCUUCUAACCACAGCUGAAUUACCGUUGCCACACAAAAGAGUUAGAACUCGCGGACGAACAAAGAUUGAACACAGCAAGACUACAAAGAAGACUCCUAUCAAGAAGGGCGAAAAGCUAAAUGUCGAUGAUCCCUACGCUUUUAAAGAUGAUGAAGAAGAGACCAUCAAGCUAGCAAGUACUCGGGCUAAGACCAGUACAACUUUACAUCAACGCAGUAUGCCUUCACCGAUGGAUACACUUUCUGAGAUUCCUCAACCACAUCAGCGCACAGGUGAACUUCGAGCGAAAAGCAAGAUAAAAUUCAUGGCCGAGAAGCUCACAAAUUCUCCAAAUCAACAAACCAAAAAACAAGCUUUGGAAACGGUGCAUGACCGUGAAGCAGAGCGCCAUACAAGCAAGAAAGUUGAGGGACAAAAAGGCUUGGAAAAUGAUGGGAAAGCGAGAAAUUCUACUCUUUCUUUUGAAAAGACUAUCGUUGAAUCGGAGCCUCAACCAAUCCAUACGGAAAGUGUCGCGAUUUCAUCAAUCAUCACGGAUCAAUUUGAUUUGGUUCAACCAUUGGGCGGAGAAUUGCUUCCUCACUCUAAAUUUCUGAAGAUUCGAUCAAGUCAAGGCUCAACUGCUCAAUCAUCACUAUUAUCCAAUGUCAAAUUUUCAAAGAGCAAAAAUAAACUUCAACCUCUGACUAACGCCAAACGUAAGAAUGAAGAAGAGAAACUU